AAUUUAGAAGUACAUAUUUGCUGUUUUUUUCAAUAAGUGGGUAGAGAUAAGGUGGGAGAUUGCUCACGGGCAGGGUCGCGCGAUCGCAUCGUGUGCUGCCCUCUGGUUUCGUACGUUAGCUUUCAUCGUUUUUUGCCCCCAACAGAGAUGAGCAGGCUCAUCUCUGGCCCCAACAAAGAUCAUCUCUGGUAUAAUUAUUCUUAAGGUGAAAGCUAACAUACGAAAUCAGAAGGCAGCACAGAAUGCGAUCGCGAGACCCUGCCCGUGAGCAAUCUCCCAACUCAUCUCUGAUUAAACCUAUUUGUAAACAAUAGGAACACCGCAACUGUAAGAUUGAUUUGGAUCGAUUAAGAAUUUCUUAAGAUCAGACGCAGAAUGAGCAAGAGAUUAAAUCUAAACGUGCUCGCGUCACCCAGAGUUUUAAGAUCCAAGAAACGAUUAGAGGACAUAACCUCAUCUUCCGAGGCAACCUCUCAGUACUUCGAAACGGUAGCCCAUGAGCCAAAGAAAAUCGCAAAGAAAAAAAAUAAACCCGUCAAGAUCAAGUGUGACGAGUCUAAUGAAUUUGAGGGAACCUCAGAAGAUACUUCAAAAUGGAUUCCCGAGAAUUGGGAGGUUACUCUCAAGAACAUCAAGGAAAUGAGAAAAUAUCAAACAGCUCCUGUCGACGAGAUGGGAUGCCACAAGUGUGCGGAUCCUAAGGCUUCUGCACCGGUUAGUAGAUACCAAUCAUUAGUAGCUCUGAUGUUGAGCAGUCAGACAAAGGAUCAAGUAACGCAUGCUGCCAUGCAACGGUUAAUCAUUUAUGGAUGCACUCCCGAGACAAUUGCUGCCACUCCGGAUGAUGUUCUGGGUAAAUUAAUUUAUCCCGUGGGUUUCUGGAAGAGAAAAGUGGAAUAUAUAAAGAGGACUGCUAAGAUAUUAAUAGAGAAAUAUAACAGUGAUAUUCCAGAGACAUUGAAGGGGCUCUGCGAGUUGCCAGGGGUUGGCCCAAAGAUGGCUCACAUUUGCAUGCAAAUUGCCUGGGGACAGGUUUCUGGUAUUGGUGUUGAUACCCAUGUUCAUCGUAUUUGUAAUCGUUUAGAGUGGGUGAAAAAGCAGGCGAAAACACCGGAAGAGACUAGGACUCAAUUAGAGGAUUGGUUGCCGAAAGAACUCUGGAGCGAAGUAAAUCAUCUGCUUGUGGGUUUUGGGCAAGAAACUUGCUUACCUCGAUUUCCAAAGUGUGGAGAGUGCCUCAAUAAAGAUAUUUGUCCCUAUGCCAGGAAGAAUCGUUCCGUUAAGAAAUGAAUGUUCCUCAAGUUAUGAUAACUGGUUUGCAGUAUUUAUUCGGAAAAUUUGUGUUCAUUAUCAAGAUAUAUAUUUCAAUAAUAAUUUAUAGUGUUCAUUAUAUA